AAAUCCAGCACAAGAGACAGGACAAAAGGGUUUUAAAGCAAAAAUCACAGUAUUAUAAGAGGGAGAAUUGCAAAGCAAAAGGGUUUUAGAGCAAGAACCCUAAGAAUUAUAAGGGGGAAAUUGCAAAAUUGGUAAAAACUCCAUUUCCUUUUUUGUUGCCCCGAACCAUCAUACGCGCGUUUUUUGCAGCCCACAAUUGGAAGCAGGCAACCGGGUAAACGCUGCGGCAGUCUCCAAGCCGACCAGAGUGAACUCCGAAACGGCGGAACAAACUGCGAACGCUUUGCUCGGCGCUCUCGAGGAUGGCGAAUGUGAUUGAUCAGGAUCAACAGUGGCUUAUCAAUGCCUUGUCGGCCACCCUCGACCCCAACCACGAGGUUCGCUCAUUUGCUGAAGCCUCGCUAAAUCAAGCAUCUCUUCAACCAGGUUUUGGAGUUGCAUUAUCCAAAGUUGCGGCCAACAGGGAGCUUCCUGUAGGAUUGCGCCAGCUAGCUGCAGUCCUGUUAAAGCAGUUCAUCAAGAAACACUGGCAGGAGGGUGAUGAAUUAUUUGAGCAUCCUGCCGUUUCUAAUGAUGAGAAGGCAGCCAUUCGUCAGCUUCUUUUAUUAACGUUGGAUGAUUCCCAUAGAAAAAUCUGUACAGCAAUUAGUAUGGCUGUGGCAUCAAUCGCAAUAUAUGAUUGGCCAGAGGAAUGGCCCGAGCUAUUGCCUUGCCUCUUGAAUUUGAUGAAUAAUCGAAUAAACGUGAAUGGUGUGCAUGGAGGUCUAAGGUGCUUGGCUCUACUUUCUGGGGAAUUGGAUUGUGAAAUGAUUCCAAGACUUAUACCUUCUCUGUUCCCACACUUGCUUUCAAUUGUUUCAUCUACAGAGAUUUAUGACAAGUAUUUGCGUACGAAGGCCCUGUCAGUUGUUUAUUCUUGUAUAUCCAUGUUAGGGGCGAUGAGUGGUGUGUAUAAGGAAGAAACCAGAGCGUUGGUAAUACCCAUGCUAAAACCAUGGAUGGAGCAGUUCUCUAGCAUAUUAGGUCAUCCUGUGCAAUCUGAAGAUCCCGAUGACUGGAGCAUUAGAAUGGAGGUCUUAAAGUGCAUGAACCAGUUCUUUCAGAAUUUCCCUAGUUUUGCAGAAAGUGAUAUUACAAUUAUUUUGCAAUCAGUGUGGCAGACAUUUGUGUCAUCUCUAGAGAUAUAUGUACGAUCAUCCAUUGAAGGUGUAGAAGAUCCAUAUGAAGGAAGCUACGAUUCUGAUGGUGCUGACAAAAGUCUUGAUUCUUUUGUCAUCCAGUUGUUCGAAUUUCUUUUAACAAUAGUUGGAAGUUCAAAACUGGUGAAGCUUGUGAAGAACAAUCUAGGGGAGCUGGUUUAUUACACAAUUGCUUUUCUACAAAUUACGGAGCAACAGUUUCAUAUGUGGUCAGUGGAUGCCAAUCAAUUUGUUGCCGAUGAGGAUGAUGGCACCUUUAGCUGUCGUGUUUCAGGUGCACUGUUACUUGAAGAAAUUGUUGGCAGUUGUGGUCUUGAUGGUAUCAAUGCCAUAAUAGAUGCUGCCAAAAGUCGGUUCAGUGAGUCAAAAAGAGAAAAAGCUUCUGGUUCUUCAGUUUGGUGGAGAAUCAGGGAGGCUGUUCUAUUCGCUUUAGCUUCUUUGUCAGAGCAGUUGAUUGAAGUAGAGGCUCCUGGAGUGACAAGAGUUGGUUUAGAAAGUUUUUUGGAGGAAGUAUUAACUGAAGACAUGUCUAUCAGUCCUAGUGAUUGUCCUUUUCUUUAUGCUCGUUUAUUCACGUCAGUUGCCAAGCUCUCCUCUAUGAUUAGGCGUGACCUUAUUCAUCAGUUCCUUCAUGAAGCUGUGAAGGCUCUUGGCAUGGAUGUGCCACCUCCUGUGAAAGUUGGCGCCUGUAGGGCACUUUCUGAGCUCCUACCUGAAGCAAACAAAGAAAUCAUUGGGUCUGAAAUGAUGUUUUUGUUUUCAUCACUUGGAAAUCUUCUCAAUGGGGCGUCAGAUGAUACCUUGCACUUGGUACUUGACACCCUUCAAGCUGCAGUUAAGGCCGGUGGUGAAUUGUCCGCUUCAAUAGAGCCCAUUCUCUCUCCUGUGAUUCUUGAAAUGUGGGCGUCGCAUGUCUCUGAUCCUUUUAUCAGCAUUGAUAUAAUCGAGCUAUUAGAUCCUAAGAUGGAAAGUUCUGGAUCUUUUUUAGUUGGAAGUUUUAUCCUGCAAUUGAUAUUGCAUCUUCCAUCGCAAAUGGCCCAACAUCUUCCUGACCUGGUUGCUGCACUGGUUAGGCGAAUGCAAUCUGUUCAAAUUGCAGGAGUGCGAGGCUCGUUGAUACUUAUUUUUGCUCGAUUGGUUCACAUGAGUGCCCCUAAUAUUCAACAGCUUAUUGAUUUGCUAGUUUCAAUACCUGCUGAAGGCCAUGAUAAUGCAUUUGUUUAUUUGAUGUCAGAAUGGACGAAGUUGCAAGGGGAGAUUCAGGGUGCUUAUCAAAUAAAAGUCACUACUAGUGCAUUGGCACUGUUGCUGUCAAUACAAAAUCCUCACUUAGCACAAAUGAGUGUUCAAGUACAACUUACUAAGGUUUCUGCAGGGAUAACCACUCGAUCAAAAGGAAAAUUAGCUCUGGAUCAGUGGACAGUGAUUCCACUUCCAGUGAAGAUAUUUUCUUUAUUGGCUGAUGCACUAAUUGAAAUCCGUGAACAAGUAUUGGUUGAUGAUCAGGAUAGCGAAUGGGAGGAUGCUGAGGCAGAUGGUGUUUCAAGUGACGAAAACCUGCUUCUUGUCAAUGCUGCAUCACUCGGCAGACACACCCAUGAUUAUCUUCAAGAGAUGGCAAAAGUAUACGAUGAGGAAGGUGAUGAGUAUGAAGAUGACCUACUUACUGUAUCUGAUCCUCUUAAUCAGAUUAAUUUGGCAAAAUAUCUGGUGGACUUUUUUAUGAACUUGUAUCAGAAUGACAGACAGAACUUUGAUAAUCUCUUCAAGAGUCUGUCCCAGCCUCAACAGAAUGCUAUCCAAAUGGUACUAAGUCGCUGAGUAUCUAACCACUGGUGAUUUUUUCGGGUUGUUAAUUGCUAUCCAAUUCCAAAUACAAGAAUCAGUUUUGCAUUCCCUCUUGCCGGCACGCCCCCUUUCUUCUUGGGGUUCUUUUAUUGAUGAUGGUAUUGGUUGUGGAGGUGGGAGAGGGGGAGGGACUUCCAUGUGAAUGUCAGCCUCAUCAGUUUGGUUAUUUUCUUUUUUAAAGUUUCCUUCAUGUAAGUUAUGCAGUAUAGAGAACCCACACAUUACAACUAGUUUUACUGCUUUGGUCUGUUUUACUGACCUUAUAGAAAGGUGAUGUUUUUACCACACUAUCGCAGAGUCUGUUCCAAGUUUGUCAAAAGGCUGUUCAAGUGCUAGUCACUGUGGACGAGGAGUUUGCCAUUUCUCAGGUGUGUCGUUGGCUUUCUAAUUGAUGCUCAAAUUCCAGCUUGUCAAUUUUUCAGCUUCCCUCCUUGCUGAUAUCCCCUUGCCCCCAAUCACAGGAGCGAGAACCAAAAAAUUCGUUGAGUGUUGUAUAUUAGGUCUUUUCUGGAGUAUUCGAUCAUUCUUUUUAGUUGUAUAAUUGUUAGCUCCUUGUUAGCUUAUGUUUUCUAGAUGAAGAAGAUAUAUGUAACUAUUAUAAACUUUUACUAUGUGUAAAAAUAGAGAAAGGUUCGGCUGCUGAUUGAAUAUUUGAGGAAUAUUUUUGUUCUUGAUGACUUGCUCAUUAGUAUGGGUUGUUUGAACAUCGAGUUGGAUUUCUUGCAAGUUAAUGAGAUAAACAGAAUGUUAUUCGGUUA